CUCGAAAGGCUGGAUUAGCCACAUGUUGUGGUGAACCAGGGUAAAAUUUGGUGUGCUCCUUCCUUACGCUCUUUACUUUUUCGCUCUCGUUUUUAAUUUCCUGCGAUUUUGCUUUAAACGCUAUUCACCCCCCCCUCUAGCGUUGGGCCUUUAUUCUAAUAAUACUUAGUGAUUUCAGCAAUUCCUUGCAGAUAUGGAGUUCCAGGAGUUUGACAUUCCUGAUGACCAGCCAGCGGGGGAGACCGAUGGCUCCCAAGAUCCUCCCUCCAAAACAUUCCCGGUCAAUCAAGAGACCGUGGAAAUUUUAGAUGAGGAUGAGCCUCAAGACAUCCGGUUUAAGGGCAAAGAGAAGACCGGCCGCCGGACCAAGAAGGCGGCCACCAACCAUCCUUCUGCCAUGAACAAGAGGCAGAAGACAGACUUUGGUGUGGCCCACCAGACCGUUGGGGAAAUCGGGCCUAUCACCACCGACCGGUUGGGAAUGGAUUCUCCAACCGAAGUGGCCCAGCUGAAGAAGAAGAAUGAGGAGAUGGCCCUCAUUCUUAAAAGCCAAUUGGAUGAGCUGGCGAGGUUGUCCAAGAUGGCCGGGUCAAUGAAGACGGAGAUUUCCCAACUGAAGGAGGAGAACUGCCGUUUACUGGAUGAGAUCUCUGGGGUGAAGAAGGAGAUGGCCCAGAAGGAAGAAGACUUCCUCGGUCUUGCAGGCGCCUGGGUUGAAGAAAACAAGGCCGAAGCCGCCCGGGUGAUGACGGCGGGCCCGGAAGCAACCAUGGAAUCCUUCAGGCUUCUAUACCAGGAGCCUGAAGGAAAGAAGUUGAUUACCGCCAUUGGGUCUUUGGAUUCAAGUGUGGUCAGAAGAAAGACCGGGCUGCCUCUCACCGGAUCAUGAAGAAAAGGGACCCAGACUUUAGUGCAGCUGCUUACGGCUUGGCCCCAAUUCCGGAGGAAGAGCCUACUCCCCCCUUCCCUCUAGAUUAGGAUCUCCCCGGUACCGACUGGUUGUUUUGUAAACUUGAAACUUUCUCAAUUUCCCUGGGUAUGCCCGGUAUAUCUGUAAACAUUUAACAUUCCUAUCUCAUUUGAAUUCCAUGUUUAUUUUGCUACCCGGUCAUAGUUUUGAAUGCUUUUUGUUUGAUAUCCACUUUUUUGAAUGCUUUUUGGCCCGGUCAUAGCAACCAUUUCUCUGAAUCUUGAAUCUAAUUAACUUCUGCCGGUAGAACUUCAACGUUUGCUAUUGGAUAUCU